AUACGUGCCGAGUGUUGAUAACGUAAACGGGGUAAUUUAUUAUUUAUGUGGAUGGGAGAAAGUGAGUUUGUUAAUUUUAGGUAAAGUGAUAUUGAAAUGGCUCACACUAAACAGGAUGCACCUCGUAAGCACCUUGUCACGAAAGCUGCAAUGAAGAGUGCGCCUUCUACAGGUGGUGUGACGAAGCCUCACAUAUACAGGCCUCAAACUGUAGCUCUGCGUGAGAUCCGUCGUUACCAGAAGUCAACUGAAUUGGUGAUAGAAACACUACUGUUCCAGAGACUAGUGAGAAAAAUUUUUUCUGACUUCAAAAUUGACCUCCGUUUUCAAUGUGCUGCAAUUGGAGUCUUGCAAAAGGCGAGCGAAGCAUAUUUGGUUGGACUGUUUGAAGACGCAAAUCUGUGCGCUAUCCGCACCAACUGUGUGACCAUCACUCCUAAAAACAUCCAGUUGGGUCGACAAAUGUGUGGUGAACGAGAACUUUUCGUCUCAAAUGUAUAAGCAUCGAUCAGUUCUUUUUUUUCUUUUUUUUUUUCCCUAAAUUUAUAACGUGUUUCAGUUUAAAAUGACAGAAAUUACUGUAUUGGCAAUGAAAAGCCAAUACAUAAUGUAUUAAUUUGGUACCAGAACAGUUAAAUUGUAUGUAGCUUCCCAUUUAUUUUAACAUACAUAAUAUCUCUUCGUCAUUGCGUAAAGCAAGUUUCUUUUUCUUUUGAAAUAUGUACGAAAAUAAUUUAGUCACUUAUGUUUUAGUCCAUGUCAUAAGCAUUGCUUCGUCAGCGUGUAACUUGUGUCAGUCACGUCUCAUAUGAAUAUUUUCUAUGGUUUAAAAAAUGUUCUUGCAAAUAUUUACCUUUGUAAAGGUUCAGGUUGUA